CGUCGGUCCUAAAAGAAAGAAACAACUAAAAUUUCUGGAAGAUAAUAUGUACAUAUGCACAUUCUUGAAACAACUUUAGUAUCUAGAAGAUACUAUGUACAUUCUUUAUUAUUUUGGCAAGUAAAGGUUAUUUAUGGUCCACAUUUACUUUUUGUAAGUUGAGAUCUAAUUUUUUGGAUGAAGUUGUGAUUAUUCCCACAAUUAUUCAAUGUCUUUAUUACCUCACUUACUUUUUUGUUCAUUUUAUUGAUAUAUUUUCUUCCUAGGAUGGUUGAUAAAAACAUAACCAUGAUAAUACGUGCGUUGCACGUGCAUGUUUACUAGUACUAGUAAUAACUAAAAUGUGCACUUGUAGUUACUAGAAGAGUUAGCUAAGUUAGCCUAGCAUACUUAUUACAUAAACCUGAGGCUACCGUACCUAGCCCUGUUAGCUCUAUAUGCAGUAACAAUGCCAUUUGGUCCUUGAAAAUCUUUCUGCGCCUGAAGAGGCUAGGCGCUAGGGGGUUCUAUCCUUAAAGAUGGAAGUCAUUUCUGCAGAUCCAAAUGCUCCAGGAGACCAGCAUGAGCAACUCCAUGGUCAACCCUCGUACACGGUACAUGCAAGUCAAAACGAUCCAACGAUGGCACACAACGACACCACAUCGAGGUCCAAAUUAACUAGUAGCACAAGUGGAAAGCGCGAAGACCAACGACUUCUUCCACAGCCGCAGCUCCUUCGCGGCAAAGCAACACAGCCAAUCAGAGCCGAAGAUGCCCACCAAACCCACAGCACUUCACCACAGCUCUUUAUAAACCCAGACUGCAAGAGUAAGGUAGACACCACACACACACACACACACAACACCCCUCGUUUGUUGACAUCUCGCCGCCGGUGGCCAUGGAGGGGUCCUUCAUCACGACGGAGCUCGGGGACACGCUGGCCAAGGUGGCCGUGUUCCUGCUCGUCCAGGGUCUCGUGUUCCUGAUCCUCAGCAACUCGUCGGACGUCUUCUCCAAAGAUAAGAAGCUCAGGUCGCUGAGCUUCCGGUCGAUGCGGUCCAUGAGCGUGAGGCGCGUGCUCGCGCCCUCCUCCGAUGUGCCCGUCGGCACCGACGAACCCUCCUCGCCUUCGCUGCUGUCGUCGUGGUAGUCGCGCCGCUCUGCUAACCGCGAGGAUUGAAUUGCUUGGAGAGUUAGCGGUUGCUUAGUUCUGAACGUAUGGACAGUUCCCCUGUUCUGAGUUGUCGUGGAUUCUUAGGCUCUGUUCGGAGUCACUACAACUCCUAAAAAUACGAUGAGCUGCGGAGCUUCCCUUUCCCAACUCCAUGCUUUUUUAACUCCAGCUCUGGGAGUGGAGGGUCUCCGAACAGGUUCUUAUUGUGGAUUUGUGGUUGAGAUCUGAGAAUCAUAUUUGAACUCCCAUUAUGUUAGAUUAGGUGGGAUCUGUAUAUGUAGAUAUGUACAUUGAAUUGA